AUGGUACGCAUCGCCGCCGGGUUGGCUGUGGCGGCGGCCUUGUCGAGCACGCAGAUGGCGGCAGCUCGGUCCAUCGCGCCGCACGACAAGGUCAACAGCACCACGCCCACACAACUGGUCGAGCCAAGCUCAAACGACACCGCAGACGACCACACGGGAAUGCAAGAUGUCCGAGACGCCAUCGCGCGAGCUUCAAUGAAGGCCAUCGCCGCCGGGGGCAAGAACAACAAAGGCGCGCUCGGCGACGCACCGCCUAUGCCAGGCGUCGACACCACCGCCGGCGUCACGCCCGCCCACGGGCAGGUCGUCACGCUGCCGCUGCGCAUGGACCUGCGCUGCCGCUGGAACUACAUCAGCGACCAGAAGGACGUCAAGGUGUACCGGGCGUUUAUGCGGCCGGGCCGCGACAACCCCCAGCAGAUGGACGAGUGGUGCGACGAGGUGCGGGAUAAGCUUCAGAAGCGCUGCGAGGGCGACUACGGCAAGGGCAACUUCACGUGGCACCGGUGCGCGGGGGACAGCAAGGACCUGCUCAGCUGGGGGCCCAAGGGCGCGGUGGCGACGUGGGAGAUUCCCGUCGCGGAAGGGGAGAAGCCAAAGUGCGUGCGCCAGGCGCUGGAGAAGGCGGCUGGCGGGUGGCUGGUGGACUGGAUGGGGUUCGAGGGAUGCUACCAGGCGUUUGGGUUCGAGAUCGAGUAUUGA